AUGUCGCAGUCCGCCCCGAACAUUUAUGACGAUGCCGUAGUGGGUCUGUCGAGAGAACCUAACCCUGCAUUUCCCCGGGCAGGAAGCAGUAUAGGCAAUCGCCAUUUGACUCCACUUCUGUUCACAAAGGCGACACAGAGACCUUUGUUAAACAAAUCACGCUAUACCAACCAGGACUCACCAUGCGUUGCUCCACACGAUUGCGGCAGAGGCGUGGUCGUGGUGUUAAGAUCUGCACGGCAAAACCAUAAUCAGAGACCUCUCGAGAUUGACGUGAUCAAGCAAAUUCUCGACGCCGCUCCAGAGCUGCAGAAACAUCUGCCUCGUGUCUGCUUCAAUCUGAACACUCGGCACGACGUGUACCAGAUGGAGAUUCGAGACCUGAAGAUUAUCGCCGCCGAUCGCUGCUACGAACUAUGGAAGGUUGAUUCUCUUGAAGAAUUUAAAACAGCCUUCCUUGACAUCUUCGAAUGCCAUCAUCGAGCGUUUGUCAAAGGGAAAGCCCUUCAUGGAGAUAUUACUGCAGAAAAUGCCAUGUUUUAUCGCCACCGAACGCACGGCAUCAGAGGAUGCCUCAACGGCUUCAAUAAUUCCUCUGCAUCGACUGGAGACGGACCCAGCAACGGCGCAGCCGAUGUACCAUUUCGUGCGGAAGCAGUUCCUUUCAUGGCUUUGGACAUUAUAGAUGAAUAUAAGGCCCCCAUGCCCCGCUUUUACCGCCACGACCUGGAAUCAUUCGUUUACCUUCUUGUUUGGGCCGGAGUUCACUUUGACAUCAGACGCCAUGUUCAUGGGAUAACAAAUGAGUUCAUUGCUGGAUGGACGGCACAUGCGUCAUCAGACUUGAUGCGUGCCCAUGAUAACAAAAGCCAGUUCUGGAUUAAUGAUGUUCGGGCAGAGGGUAUUCGUUCUCAGUUCCGAGAAGAAUUUAUCCCUCUGUGGAAUGAAUGGAUCGCGCCCCUGAGAGAAUUAUUUUGGGAUGCGUGGAGGGCGGACAGGAUGCACAGGAAGAAGAUCUGGAGAGGGCAGGUGUCAGAACUCGACACGGAGACCUUGGGCGGUAUUCUUACAUUUGAAACAUUUAUGAAGGCUUUAGGGAAGCAACCGUGUCACUGGGAUACCGACUAG